AACUCACUAGCCUCAUUCAAACGAUGCCCGACACCCAUGGGCACUGUAGACUUACUAUUCGAUUCGGCAUUCUUGAAAGGCUUGCAACACCCGGGACGUUUUCAUUUCAAACUCCGGACGGGCUGUUGUGAUUCUCUCCUUGGUGUUAUUCAGUAGCCGAAGACUGCUGCAGUCUAUUCGUCAACGAAUCUGAGCAGUCCAUUCAGCACGGACGUAGCUUCAACACGUCUAAUCUCCUUCAGGACCACAAGAACAUCUAACGAUCGGGGGAAACAAACGUCCGUACUGAAGAGAUCUAUUUUGAAGUUCGCCGAUCAUUGUAGACGUUGGGCCGUCUCGCAGAUCGGUGUAGAGAUUUCAUGCCAACAUUGACGGAAGCGUUACCCAACAAACUGCACGCUUGCAAGUGACCCGUUGAAGGGCGGUUUCGUGCACCUGCAGAAUGAGCAACGCUGGCCAGACGAACUCCAACCGCCCCCUCAUCGGCAAUGGGAUGAACGGUAACCUCCUGCACCCAGCAGCACACAGCACGUCGUCACUGUCGGCCUUCAUUGAUGACACUGUGGCGAGUGGGAGACGGGACUUGGACGAUGUGGACGGAGCACGGUCGCGAUACCGACACAGAGCGCACGGAGCUGGCGGGGACCGGUCGAGAUUUGAACGAUUCGCUUGCGACGAAUCGGGCAUGCACGCGAUGCCGAUGAUUGGCAAUCCGAAGAGUCCAAUCUUUCGUCGCAUUAUCUGGUUGCUGCUGGUGUUGGCUGCAGCUGGUAUACUGACGUACAUGAUCCAGGAUCGCGUGGGGAAAUACCGACGGUUCGAGACCACCACCAACGUGGUGCUGAAGUACGAGAAGAACCUGUCCUUUCCAGCGGUGACGGUUUGCAACUUCAACCCGUUCUACCAAUCGCUGGUGAACGACACGAUUGACUUCGCUGUACUCAGCUUGAUCCGCUCAAAUCUUGUUGAUAGCAGUGUGCGUGAGCUUGGCCGUGCUACAGCACGUACUAUACCCAGGGAUGAAAUUCGGCAGAGACCCAGUGACAACACUAGGAAUACUGGCGGGCCGCUAGCACAAAAUUCGCCAGCACUUGGAGGUGAUGCACAGCAGCGAAAUCGGAGACAGGCCGCGACCGGCCGUGCGCCCACAGCGGCGACCACCAAGAAGGCCUCUGUCACCACCAAACAGGCAACAGCUGCAGCGACCACAGUCAAGCAAGCCACGUCCAAGGCCACUACGAAGUCACCCGGUACCGCUGGCAAGACAACAAAGCCUCGGAAUGCCGGUGCUGCAAGUGCAACCACUGCAGCUGCCGCGGUCACGUCACGAGCAGCAGCAGCAGCAACAACUCGGGCAAAAGCCACAGGCAGGCAAACAGAUGCCUCGACGCAAGGGCAAGGUAGAUCUACACCGACACCCAUACCCACACAGCAGCAGCAGCAGCAGCAACAAAGUACACCGCGGGCUACACGCAACGGAAAUCAGGCAGCAACUGCAAGCCCAGGUCAAGGCCAGGGUCAGCAACAAGGUGGUCAAGGUCAAGGUCAGGGAGGUCAGCAGCAACAGGGUUCAGAUGGCCAGCAAAGCAGACUGUCAUCAGAACUGAGACAAAUACUGCAGAACGAGUCGGCGCUCGUCUCACUGCUGGAACCCGUUGACGUGGGCCAGUACACGCUAGAGAAAGGCAUGCAGCUUGAUAGGCUGCUAGAAAGCUGCACAUUUCGAGGCACAGAGUGCAAUGCCAGCGACUUCCAGCACGUAUUCACGACAUUCGGCAGCUGCUACACGUUCAAUCCGGAUGAAACGCGGCAAGUGUCCCAGGCCGGUCAAGGACACGGUCUGGACCUGAUUCUGAACAUUGAAGAGGACGAGUACAUCAGCGGCGUGGACCAGAGUGUCGGUGUGCGUGUGCUGCUCCACUCCAGCGGAGAGUCACCGCACACCACUGUGGACUCGCUGGGCUUUGCCGCCGCUCCGGGAGAGACAACACUGGUCGGUAUUUCGCGCAGACAGGUGACCAACCUGGAUCGGCCGUACAACGCCAAUGGCUGCCGGAGCAACACCGGCGAAGACAAGCUGAAGUACUUUGACCAGUACACCCUGUCCAACUGCGCGCUGGAGUGCUUCGCAGACCUGUCCGAGCUGGUGUGCGGAUGCCGCGCGCCCUACAUGCCAUCCAAUGACAACAGCACCGUUUGCAACCCCAUACAAAUGUUCCGCUGCAUAGAUGAAGUCAAAACUGCUAUUAUUCAGGGCACAAACCAGACGUUCGACUGCGCCGCCCAACAGAACUGCGUACAGCCAUGCGAGUAUAGUGCGUACAGCUAUGUUCUCUCAUCGGCAACAUACCCAAGCACACGCAGUGUCAUAUCACCGGCGUUAACUCAAGCCGAAGAGGCUGCUUUGCUCAGCACAAAGAGGCGAAACUAUGUCCAUCUCAACAUGUACUACGAGGAGUUGAACUAUCAGAAAGUGGAACAAGUGAUUGCCUACGAUUGGCUGAGUCUUGUCAGUGAGAUCGGUGGUCUGGCUGGUAUCCUACUAGGGGCAAGUGUACUGACAUUCCUGGAGUUUCUGGACUUUGUAACAGGCAGCAUAUUGUGUGCCAUCUAUGAUGUGUCUCAUCGGCGUCGUUACAACGCACAGAGGAAGAGCUCAUUCCAGGGUAACGUUGAACUCACGACCAACUGGUCUCUGGAACCACCGCCCAACACAUGAGGAGAUCAGACACCGGUCCGUGGAUCCAGGCACUAUGGGGAAGUUUCCACCGUUUGGAGUCUAUUCCUACUUCACAGUGCUCAAUCCUGAUGCACUGUGUCUUGCUCAGGUGCUGACAAUCAUAAACAAAUCCUAUUAGGAUUCUUGAGAGUACUACAACAACUUCAUUGAAGAUAGUAACACUCAUGUGCGGGCUGUGCUACAAGUUCAGCUAUAAAUCAGGUGUUGACUCUGUUGAGGCAGUACCUCAAUGUACAUAAUCAUUAUAGCUACUCAGUGACUACAGUCUACAGCAUUGCCUGGGUAUACCUACUACUAAGUUGAUGUUGAGAUGCACUGUGUAUAAAUACCUGCUGCUGGAUUGUUCAUGCUUUUAAAUUGAUUUUGUUGAAAUUGACUAUACUGUAA